CCUCGUCCCUGCCAUGUGCUUCUUAUUCCCAGUCGCAUAAGGGCUUAUGCGCACUUCAUGCGGUGAAGGUACCAAGGCCAAGGGCUAUACUACGGGUCUAAUAAUAGGCUCACCGCCCCUGUCCACCCUAGUUAUUGGGUCCUAAUUCUUCUCCACCCCCAGACCAAGGCUCCAACGCCUGCUACAACGCCUGCCUUUUGCUACAAUCCUGCAACAAGUUUAAGCCGACAUUCACGAGUUUACGUACGGCUUUAGUUUCUUACGACCCUUUUUUUUGGGACCUCUCUCCAAUCUUCCUCAUUGCUCAUGCUAACCAACCUCUAAACUUCUACCUCUGCUUGAUUGACAUCACGAGAUACUUCUUUUUCUUCUUUUCGGCGCUGUUUCUUAACCUUUUCUAUUAUCUUUUUUUACUAGGACCAAUCUUACAUUAAUUUACUUGUACAUUUUUGGGUUGGCACAUCACAUAGCAUAAGGCUUCAUUGUCCAACCUUACGCGCAAGCCCCCUUCGCGUUGUUACGAGAGACAUCACUUAAAAGAGAGACAAAGAGUCGCCACGCAAAUUUCCCAUCAACCACACAACAUCCAACAGUCAUGCCUAGUAAUCCACCCCCAGAACUCCCUCCAAGAACGCAUAGUUCAUCAUGUCCCGACCCCGAAGAAGCGUUCCGAUUUACGGGUAGUAGUUGGCGAUCAACUCAAGAUGGACUCGAGAUGAAUAUCGAUAGUCCAGAAACGUCAUCAUCCCCUGAACCAGUCAGCGCACCACUCGCCGAUAUUCAGCACGGCACUUCAGACUCGCGAUCCGCUACAGAAUCCCCUAGACCGGAUUCGAUGAGUCGCGAAUCCACACUCUCUCCUGACCGCCCCGGCACGUUAUCCCAAACCACGUCAGCGCAUAAGCCCACCGAUGCAGAGCACGAUGCAUCGGCCAGAAGUGACACAGAUGCGCCGUCAGGGCCGCAGCGAUCGAGCGGCAAUUACGACAUUGUAACUUCCAUCGGCGCGGACGGUGAGAAAUUGGAAUAUGGUGUAAUGCCCGGUCGGUUGCAACCGGGGGACGCUUAUGCGCCUUCGAUGGGAUACGACCAUUCCAACAUUCGAAUAAUACCGACAUCUCCCUCAUCUUUCCUACGGCCAGGUAGUAAAUUCCAUGGCACACAACAAUCGGAGCGGCAAGUAUACGACGUGCAAGUCGAAAUAAAAUAUGUCGACUUGCGGGAGUCAUUCCUCUGCGGCUUUCUUAGGAUUCAGGGCCUGACUGAAGAUAACCCGACGCUGACAACGUAUUUCGAGGGCGAGAUUAUCGGCAGCAAAUACGAAUUUAUCACGAAGCACGCGGGCUGGGGUGCAACGGAUAAAAUCGACCUGAGCCACUGGAGUAAAUUCACAGCAUUCCGACAGUACGCCAAACAAGUGCGCAAGGGACCUGUUACCAUUCCGAACUUAGCUCAGCGAGAAAACAUUUUUAUGCGCUGGAAGGAACACUUCCUGGUUCCCGACCAUCGCGUCCGCACCAUUAACGGGGCCAGCUUCGAGGGCUUCUAUUAUAUCUGUUUCAACCAGAAGGAAGGAAGCGUCAGUGGUAUAUAUUUCCACUCCAAGAGCGAGAAAUUCCAGCAGCUAGAGCUUAAGCACGUAGAGGACAGAGGGUGCUUCGGCGCCGUGGAGUUUCGAUAGCCGUACGGAAAUGAAUGAUAAGGUAGUUGAUGCUCGGCAUGUGGACGUCAGAAUAGUAGUAGUGAGUAAUUUUUGGCAGACGAAGGAAUCGUACGGGGUGGUAUAAACUGGCAUCUCAAUUUCUACAACGCAAAUAGGGAGGAGUACGGAACUCGACACCGAGCAUAGUCCAGCGCAGCGGUCUGGGUCUUAGUCUCAUUUUUUUUAAAGGGAGGUAUCACAUCACGUUCACGACAGACGGGAUUACUGCAGCAUUUCACAACUUCGCGGUAAGGGGGUAUAUUGUAAGG